UCUCUCCCCGGCAGCUCCAGUUCCCUCUGCAGGAGUUCAUCUUGGCCAUGGGGUUCUUCCUGGUUCUGGUCCGCACGUACACGUGGACGUCAACGCGCACUCGGCGGUGAGGGCGGUCAUCCUGGUCAUGUCCCUCUCUCUGCAUUCCGUUCUGGAGGGGCUGGCGGUCGGCCUCCUGCGGGAGAGCGGGAAAGUCCUGGAGACCUGCCUGGCCCUCCUCAUCCACAAGUGCAUCAUCUCCUUCAGCUUGACCUUGAAGCUGGGCCAGGGCCGCCUACGUCCUCGGGUCAUCCUGGGCUGCCUUCUGCUCUUCUCCUUCAUGACACCUCUGGGCAUCGGCAUUGGGGUGGCUCUGACGGAGUCUUCCGACCCCUUGCACCACUGACCCGCAGCGUUCUGGAGGGCAUCGCCACCGGCACCUUCUUGUACAUCACCUUCCUGGAGAUCCUGCCUCACGAACUGAGUUCUGGCGACCAACGCAUCGGCAAGGUCGUGGUCAUGCUAUGCGGCUUCUCGGUCAUCACCGCCAUCUUGUUUAUCAAGAUCUAA